AUGUGUCUCAUAUUCCCAGCAAGUUUGGGAGAACUGGGUCUGAAGUGGUUCGAAAGACUCCCGGAGGGGAGCAUCGGGGGGCAGCAACAACUAGCAGAGGUCUUUGUCACUAGAUUCAAAGCCAACACUCGAACACCGAAGGAGGUUGACCACCUCCUCUGCGUCGAGCUGGAAUCUGGAGGUUCUUUGAAGGCUUACAUUUCCAAGUAUUGGGAAACUUACAAUGAGAUCCUCGAUUGCCCCACCAAUCUUGGGAUCGCACAAUACAAGCGAGGUCUCCCAGUCGGACAUAGGCUGCAAGACUCGCUUACGAUGGAUCAGCCCAUAACCAUGAAGUCCAUGAUACAGCAAAUCAACGAACAUAUCCGAGUAGAAGAUGAUGCUAGCACUGCCACCGCAACCGAGAAGGCAAAUCUAGUUGUGGUGGGCAGAGGAGUGGCUAGGAAGGUUCACUCUGUGGGACAGGAGGACAACCGCUCUAAUGACCGAGCUAGAGACCAACAUCGCGAUUUAAACCGCAAUGAUAGAAACAAAAGUCGCAGAAACAACCGAGCUAACACUCUUCGUAAUGAAAAGGAAGAUGCCAGGAGGAAGUUGAAAGCACAAACCGGCAUCACCACUGUCUUUAAGAUCCCAAUUUACUACAUCCUAAAUGAGAUCCGAGGUGAGUCCUAUGUGCGUUGGUCGGCCAAAUUGGGAGAUACACCGAGGGGCUUUGACUCGAGGUAUCGCUGCACCUUUCAUGAAGAAAGGGGGCACCAAACGGAGGACUGUGUGCCGUUUAAACGACAUUUGGCGGAGCUGGUGGCGGUUGGGCAUCUGGACCAGUACAUAGACAGGGGUAUGGGGGCAACUCCGCAAGGACAGGCCAAGCUAAAUGGCCUUGCUGUCCUGGAUGUAGCACUCCAAGGUGCAAUCAAUGUCAUUCACGACACCAUCGAACCAGUGCGAGUUUGCGAGCUGAGGGAGAUGAUCAAGAAGGCUGAGCAUAUGAGGGAAGUUCCCUCUGUUCAACUUGUCGUGAAGAAAGGAAAGAACGAGGUAAAAGACGUCUUAACUUUUUCAAGCAAGGACUUUGAGAGAAUUCAAACGCCUCAUAAUGAUGCCUUAGUCUUGACCCUUCGCAUCGAGGACUUCGAUAUCAAAAGAAUUCUAAUUGACCAGGGGAGCUUGGUCGAGAUCAUGUAUUAUGACACGCGUUCAAACAAAUAA